AUUACACAAUGGCAGAGAAGUUUGAAAGCCUCAUGAACAUCCAUGGUUUUGAUGUAGGUUCUCGGUAUAUGGACUUAAAACCUCUGGGCUGUGGUGGCAACGGCUUAGUUUUUUCUGCUGUCGAUAAUGACUGCGACAAAAGAGUAGCAGUCAAGAAAAUUGUCCUUACAGAUCCUCAGAGCGUUAAACAUGCUCUGCGUGAGAUCAAAAUUAUUAGAAGACUUGACCAUGAUAACAUUGUCAAAGUGUUUGAAAUCCUCGGUCCCAGUGGGAGUCAAUUGACAGAUGAUGUAGGCUCUCUUACAGAACUGAACUGUGUUUACAUUGUCCAAGAGUAUAUGGAGACAGAUCUGGCUAAACUGGUGGAGCAGGGGCCCUUACCUGAAGAACAUGCUAGGCUCUUCAUGUACCAGCUGCUACGUGGGCUCAAAUAUAUACACUCUGCAAACGUCCUGCACAGAGAUCUCAAACCAGCUAACUUGUUCAUUAAUACUGAAGACUUGGUGCUGAAAAUCGGUGACUUUGGCCUUGCACGGAUCAUGGAUCCUCAUUAUUCCCAUAAGGGCCAUCUUUCCGAAGGACUGGUAACUAAAUGGUACAGAUCACCUCGCCUCUUGCUUUCACCCAACAACUAUACUAAAGCCAUUGAUAUGUGGGCUGCAGGUUGCAUCUUUGCUGAAAUGCUGACAGGGAAAACCCUCUUUGCAGGUGCACAUGAACUUGAACAGAUGCAGCUUAUUUUAGAAUCUAUUCCUGUUGUGCAUGAGGAAGAUCGUCAGGAACUUCUUAGUGUAAUCCCAGUUUACAUUAAAAGCGAUAUGACUGAGCCACACAAACCUUUAACUCAGCUCCUCCCAGGCAUUAGCCCUGAAGCACUGGACUUCCUGGAACAAAUACUGACCUUUAGUCCCAUGGAUCGAAUGACAGCAGAAGAAGCUUUGUCCCAUCCUUACAUGAGUAUUUAUUCCUUUCCAACUGAUGAGCCUAUUUCAAGCCAUCCCUUCCACAUUGAAGACGAGGUCGAUGAUAUUCUGCUCAUGGAUGAAAGUCACAGCCACAUCUAUAAUUGGGAAAGAUAUCAUGACAGUCAGUUUUCAGACCAGGAGUGGUCUGCUCAUAACACCUUCGAAGCUGACGAGGUUCAGCGUGACCCAAGGGCUCUUUCUGACGGGACGGACGAGGAGGAAGUACAAGUAGAUCCUCGCAAAUAUCUGGACGGUGACCGUGAAAAAUACCUAGAGGAUCCCGCUUUCGAUACUCACUUCUCCACUGAACCUUGCUGGCCAUAUCCAGAUCACCAUGAAAACAAAUAUUGUGAUCUAGAAUGUAGCCACACGUGUAAUUACAAAAUGAGGUCAUCUUCGUACCUAGAUAAUUUAGUCUGGAGAGAAAGUGAGGUGAACCAUUACUAUGAGCCCAAGCUUAUAAUUGAUCUUUCUAACUGGAAAGAGCAGAGUAAAGAGAAGUCAGACAAGAAAGGCAAGUCCAAAUGUGAAAGGAAUGGGUUGGUGAAAGCUCGGUUAGCUCUUGAGGAAGCCUCGCAGCAACUUACAGAAAAGGAGAAGAAUCAGGGGUUUGACUUUGAUUCUUUUAUAGCAGGGACUAUUCAGCUUAGUUUACAGCAUGAGUCAACUGAUAUUGAUAAAUUAAAUGAUCUGAAUAGCUCAGUGUCCCUCUUGGAGUCAAAAGGCAUAUCGAAAUCAGUAAGCAGAGAGAAACAGGAGAAAGGAAUGGCCAACUUGGCCCAGUUGGAAGCACUCUACCAAAAUUCGUGGGAUGGCCAGCUUGUAAGUGGAGGAGAGGAGUGCUUUCUCAUAGACCAGUUUUGUUGUGAAGUUAGGAAAGAUGAGCAGAUAGAGAAGGAGAAUCCAUACACCAGUUACCUGGAUAGAUUUUUUAGCAAGAAGGAAGAUACCGAAAUGCUAGAAACUGAGCCAGUUGAAGAUGGGAAGCCUGUAGAGAAAGAAAGAGAGGGGGGCUUUUUAAGUCAUAGCGGGGAAUUCCUCUUUAACAAGCACCUUGAAGCGAUAGGUAUCCCUCAGUUCCACAGCCCCGUUGGCUCACCGCUUAAAUCAAUACAGGCCACCCUAGCACCUUCUGCUAUGAAAUCAUCUCCUCAGAUUCCUCAUAAAGCAUACAGCAGCAUUCUGAAACACCUAAACUAAACAGCAGACAUUUCUUUGUUUUUGUAUUCAUGAAAUGUGUGUUCUUUUUUAUUAUUGUAAGUAAUUUUUUUUACUUGAAAUCAAACGAUGUAACUUUGGUAUGAAUUUCUUUAGUUCCCUGUUUACCAUUGUUUUUAACAAUCCAGAAUUACUUUUCUUUACAUGACAAUUUUAUUUUUAAAACUGGCAUGUCAUUUGCACACGGAGGUAAAGAACAGAGCAAAACAAUGCAAAUUGCCGGAGAAAACAAGAAGAAAAAUGCACUAAACCAGGUAGAAACACUCAGUUUAAACCGUUCAUGCUUUGCGGAGGAAAACGACGCAUUUUUGCCUUGAAAAAUUACACAGUGAGACUAUACGUACUUGCAUGAAAAGAUCUAUUUUUUCCCUGAAACAUUUUUCAUUCAUAGGUAUUUUAGAAUUUUUCAUACUGUACACAUUUCUUAGACACAUGAUACCAGCAGCAACUGUAAGUGAAUGCAGAAUUUGGUACGCAUGUGUUAUCUACCUCAAGGUAACAGCAGUAUGUGGCAAAACAUUAACCACCCUUAGUGCUUUUCAUAAUGCACUUCUAUUUAGCCAGCAUUAUUGUAGUAGGUGGUAUUAUGGAAAAAAAACAUUCAAUAUUUAUAAAUAUUCUGGUAUGCAUUCUUUAUAGUGGAAAUGUUAAUAUGCAGCGUUUUUAUUUAUUUUAGCAAAUUAUAUUUUCUGUAAUGAUAGAAAAUCAAUUUUUUUUAAACUUGCUUUACAGAUAAAGUUCUUGUUAGCACUAUGGUUUAUUGCCAACAUAGCUGAAACAGAGAUGAGAAGACACCCCCUUAUUCUGAGGUGAUCCAUACGAGUUUUUGUAAAAGAGAUUUCACUUCAAGUAAGGCACUCACUGUGUAUAGGAAUUUGCAAUCGGGAGGUGCUUGACCUCUAUACAAAGAAAUUAGGAAUCGUUUUAUUACAAAAGAAAUGCUCCUAGAAGUCUUAAUUGUAUUAAUUUUUUUAAGAAGACAAUUUUUGUAAUGUUAGUUGUGUGCAUGGAAAGAAUUAAGGUACAACAUUACUGUAGGUUAAAAGUUCUAUAUGGUCAGGCAUUUUGUUUUUACUGUAUGUUUUUACUGAAUGAUGCCCUUGUCUCAUCCCCAAAGCAAGCAUGAGUAUAAUUAGGUUUAAUGUAGCAUGUCGCAUCUUGGUCUUCUGACAGUUUUGUUUUACCUCCUGGGUUUUCCUGUUUUGUUUUUUGUUCUUUUUUGGGAAACUAUGUAUCAUUGGCUCCCCUGUUUUAAAGAAAGAAAUAAAACAUGGCCAGCAAAAAUUAUGCUUUGGCGUUUCUAA